AUGCUACCAAUUAAAUCUAAAACUAAGGCAAAGAAUAUUGACAUAAAACCUUUUCCAAUUGGAGUUUCGGCCGUCGGUUAUUUUACAGGAUUGGACGUAGAAAUAUUUGAUAAUCCUUCAAUUAAAGCUAUUCAUGAAUCAGGAUGUUAUGGUAUAAAUCCAAAACCAAGACAAGCAACAGUAUAUGGUCAAGAGAAAAAUAUUACAAAAUUAACAGAAGCUGAAUAUAAACGACAUUUAGAUUGGAAGAAAAAGUUCGGAGAAAAUUCAUCUUUCGAGUGUGAUUCUGAAAUGGUUGAAGUAAAUAAUGAGACUGUUUCAGAUCCAUUCAAUAUUUCUGACACUCUUGUGCUAUUUCCUGAAGAAGCAUUCUUCUUACAUCACAUAAUCGAAUGUCUCAAAAUUCAAGAUUUGGAUAAUCAAAUCAUACCAACAAAAGAACUUUGGAGGAAGUUCUGUAAGCUGAAAGAAUCUUUUGUUGAACGGUAUGUUACGUAUUUAUAUCUGAAAAGUAAAAACUGGGUAAUUAAGUCAGGAAUUAAGUUUGGAGGUCAUUUUUUACUUUACAAACAUGGACCACAUUUAAAUCAUGCUUCAUUCAUUGUAAUUGUUUCAAAAGAAGGUGCAAAAAGAAAGAGCUCAAUUGAAUAUCAUACAAACGAAAGAGUAGCUGAAACAACUGGAAAAAAUCUUCUUUAUGUUGAAGUUUACUUCCCAAAAAAUGUUAAACCAGAAGAUUAUUUGGAGAAUAUCGACAAAUUCCAAUGCAAAGAAUUAUUUAUACACAGAAUUGAAAUAGAGAAACAGAAAUAG